AUGCAUCUCCAGUCUAGCAUCCUCGUAGCAGCGCUGUGCGCACUGUGCUCUGCUCAUUCUCCCCCCUCACAAUAUGCUCCAGUCAACUUCACCCACUGGCCGGAAGAGGCCGCCAUCUCGCUCAACAAGAUGAUCGCAGCGAAUGCGAACCAGAGCAACUUUGCCGCGUUCGACAUGGAUAACACGAGCUACCAAUUUGAUCUGGAGGAAUCGCUGCUUCCAUUCCUGGAGAACAGAGGCAUCCUCACUCGCCGGACCAUGGACUCCACGCUCAAGCUCAUCCCGUUCAAGGACACCGAGGAAUACACGGAGACGCUCUUCAGCUACUACUACCGUCUGUGCGAGCUUGACGACCUGAUCUGCUACCCGUGGGCUGCGCAGAUAUUCUCCGGCUUCAAUCUCCGCGAGCUCAAAGUCUACGUCGAUGAGCUCAUGUCUUACAACCAAACCAUCCCAACGCGAUAUUGGGAUGGCGAUGAAAUAGUAGACGACGAGAUCUCCCCGCCAGUCCUCCUCCCAGGCCAACAGGAGCUCUACAACGGCCUCAUGAACAACGGAAUCGAAGUCUACGUCCUCACCGCGGCCCACGAAGAGCUCGUGCGCAUGGUCGCCUCGGAUCCAAAGUACGGCUACAACGUCAAGCCAGAGAACGUCAUCGGCGUGACCACCCUCCUCGAAGACAGAAUCUCCGGCAACAAGACGACAUCCCGCAAGCAAAUCACCGAAGGCACGUACAACGAAACCGCCAACCUCGACUUGGUCGUCGGCACCUACCUCUGGACUCCAGCGACCUGGUUCUCCGGCAAGUGGGCGGCGAUAUUGACCUACAUCGACGAAUGGAAGUUGCCGAUCCUCGUGGCGGGUGAUAGUCCUGGAAGUGAUACGUACAUGCUGUUUCACGGCGUCGAUGUUGAGAAAGGUGGGAUUCACUUGUGGGUCAAUCGCUCUGCUGACCGGUUGGAGGAGUUGAACGAGUUGAUUGCUGAGGGCGCUGCUGGCCAGGUGGCGAACAAUCGGCCUGUGACGAUUGACAAGAACUGGAUUGUGGUCGAGCCGUAUGAGAUUGGUGGGAGGGCGAAUUGA